AAAGCAUGCCAGUGCACAAAAUGAGCCUUUGCAGGAAUUUUUGAGGUGCCACUUCUGAUGGAUGAUCGGAACAGGUUAGAGUGUCCAUUGGGAGCACAUUUGCAUUGCCUCUCUUUGCACUGACCAUUGUUUCCUCACUCUAUAUAAAGAGACACUACUCCUCUUAUUAUAUGUGAGCAGCCCAUGCAAGCAUGAAAUUCUUGCUUGUUUUUUGCUUGAUCCUUCUCUUCUCAAGAACUCUGUGUGUUCCUACUCGCUGUUACCUUAGACCAGCCAGAAAAUAUGGGUGCCUUUCAGACAGAAACCUCUAUGUUUUCGGGGCAGUGUGGAAGAAUGAAGAUUGUUUCCAGUGCAGGUGUAAGAUGGGUGCAAUGACUUGCUGCAGCUUGGUUGUAAUCCCCAAGAAGUACGAUAGGGUGAACUGUGUUGGCCUGUUCCACAAGAAAAGCUGCUCCAUUCGAGUGGUGAGGAAGACUAAUCCUGAGAUAGGUUGCAAAGUCUACAAUGGAGUUGGAUAAGACCACAAGAUGCAUUUCUCCUCUUUCACACCUACCCCAGAAGCUGAAGACGCUCUGGAUCUCUUCCUCAAAGGAAAGCAGCAAGCAGCAUGGCUUCAAGAGAAAUGGGUUUGCCUCGUGCCUUUCACAGCUCUAAUUGUGCCAUAUCUAUCUCGUUUUUGACACUAGGUGGUUUGUCUUACACACAUUUCUAACCAAACUUUUCCACAGGCUUUUUUCCUGUUGGGAUCCAGAGAUAAAUAAAUUUUCACAUACACUGAAUCACUGUAGUCACUGACUGGUUUCCUUGAAAACAGAAGAAUUCGUGGUGUCUAUAAAUGUUUGUAAAUCUAAUUAUUGAUUUGGAAAUAAUCUAGCUUUUAAAGUAACAGGUAGUAUAUAAAUUGUUGC